AUGCGUUUCUCCAUCCUCGCUCUCGCCCUAGUGGGCCUAGUCGCCGCUGCUCCAUUUGCCAUGGAAGAAGCCAAAGCCGUGGACACUACUGGUACUCAAGAAAAGGCGGCAGACUUCAGAGGCUCAGGUCUUAACAACGGUGGAUACAUCAACGGCGGGUACGGUGGAUACAACAACGGCGGAUACGGUGGAUACAACAACGGCGGAUACGGUGGAAUCAACAACGGCGGAUACGGUACCGGAGGCUACGGCGGGUACGGUGGAUACAACAACGGCGGGUACGGCGUCGGAGGCGUCGGAGGCGUAGGAGGCGUAGGAGGCGUAGGAGGCGUCGGAGGCUACGGCGGGUACGGUGGAUACGGCGGGUACGGUGGCUACCCCAACGGAGGAGGCUACGGCAGCGGCGUCGGACCCUACAACUAA